UUUUUUACAAUUGGUCGCUCAAAAAAAGUACAGGCCUGAUUGGUCUAAAAAUAGAAAAUUCAUCCCUUGCCAAGAAAAUAUCCCUUCUCCUCGUCAUGACUUACUCCUCAGUUUUUCAAUGUCGAAGAUGACCACUUCUCAUUGGAGCAAAGAUAGAAAAUCCAUCCCUUCCCAAGAAAAUAUCCCUUCUCCUUGUCAAACUUCCUAUUCAUUGGUAGUUUCUAAAAUUUUCCUCCUUUUCUUUCGUGGUCUCGUCUAUAUAUAGCAAGAAAUUUUACUGUGAGGAGCAGACUUCGCCUACAACAGUACACGAAACUAGUUCUUUAUACAAUUCUGUUUUGUGAGUGUUAAGUGAAAAAGUAAAUAUGGCUUCAUUUCAACUUUUUGAACGCCUUGUUGAAGUAGUGCGUAAUAUACAUGAAAUGAGCAAUAAUGAUAUUCAUUAUUGGCUGGACAUGUGCAAUUCCACAAUAAAGGAAUUGAACGAAAAAAUCGACAAAGCUAAUCUUGGAAGAGGAGAAAAGCAGAAAUAUCAAACUUGUAUGACACAUCUUUCAUGUGUGCAAGUUCAACUCCAACAACAUCUUCAGCAAGGAGGUGGUCUACAAUCGGAAGAAACUGAAGCUAGAGUUGAGUGGCGAGAUGUAGAAUCGGCUUUUCAAAAUUGAAUUAGAAAAGGUGUAAUUGUAAACAUAAAGCAUGUAGACAUUCUAAGUUUUUUUAACGAUGCGCAAAAGCUCUUCAAGGUUAAAGUAGAAGAUUGCUUGAAGGAAUAUAACGCUGUAAAAAUAAAUUCUGACUUUAUCGCAGAAUUUUCUAUGCAAAAAAAUGGUGAGGAAACGACAGACAUUAAAUAUUUUACAAGUGAAAGUGUUACAGCAUUCAUGUCAACGAAUUUGGAAGAAUGGUUCAAGGAUCAUAUCAAAGAACCUAUUCUCACCAAGCUUGAAGAAUUCUAGGUGAAAGAUUCUGACUGGACCCUGACGAGUAUUAUCAGUUUGUGUAAAAGCACUGCAAGGGAUGUGUUUUUGAGAAUUCAGGAGGAAAGUUUUCCUCCAAUCAUAUGAUUUUCACAAAAAAUUAAGGAAAGGGAGAGCCGUGCUUUUCUAAAUAAAUACCACGGGUGUUGCUGCAGAGCGUCAGUUCAAGAAUCUUCUCCGAUUUUUCUUAACCCAGUGAAAAUUAGUAACAGACAGGAUGGCUCUUCCAAGGCAAAGUGGUCUGCGUAAUAUGCGGGAGCGCAUAAGGACGCUGAUAUCUAACGCACCAACUCUAAUGAUGAUGUUGGACCACGCAGCAUGGGCGCUAGACGCCAUAGACUCAUUGCCACCGAUACCUCCAAUGGCUGCGAUGCAAAAUUUGUAUCCGACAGGCAGUCCUAACCAUCCCGUUUCAAGUGCAAGUCCGAGAAGGGGCUCUCGCUCACGUUCGAGUUCAAGCUCGAGUUCCAGCUCGAGUUCAAGCUCAUCGAGCUCGAGUUCAAACUCGAGUUCAAGUGUAAAGUCGAAGAAACGAGGAUCGAGUAGCACGUUUUGGCCUGAAAAAUCGUUGGUCCGUGCGAGUUUGCCUAAACUAGAGCAAAUGAGCAUCGGCAAGAGCAAGAGCAACAGCAACAGCAACAGUAACGACAGUGGCAGAAAAAGGAAAGCGGAGGAUAAAGCAGAAGGUCAAAUAAAAAAGCCUUGUGAUGAGAUGAAAAAAUCAGAAAAGCCUUCAACGCAUUCUAAUACGGAAGUCAAGAAAGACGUUAGAGUUCCUCUUUCGGUUUCCUCGCUGUUCAAUGCAGAUGUAAAAGCGCCUCUUCAUGAUAAUAAGGAUCAAGCCCAUUCGUCAAAGCGAGGCUUGCUGAGGCUGGAUCGCAGCAAGGGGAAGGAAAAUGCACCUGCUCCACCGAAGGCAGCAGUAACGGCAUCUCGAGGGAAAGUAGCACCGUCAUCAUUGCACAAAACAGAGGCAGGUCCAUCCCAACCCAAAAUCCCGCCACGCAUAAUAGAGGACAUCACGUUCCUCGAUUAGCAAUUUAUAAUAAUAUAAAAAUAAUAUUAGAAUGUAAUUAAUAAAUAAAAGCUUUUUAUUUAAUUAAUGCAAUAAAAAAAAAUAUAUUACUUUCAUGUUUUAAAUUACUACUACUUAUCUGAUUCAUCUUCGUUGUAUCUCGUUACAAAGUAAUCUAGUAACCAAGUCCAUAUAUGCAAUUAAUAAAUAAAAGUAUCUAUAUUAUUAUCUCUAAAAAA